GUGCCCCUAUCAUAGAUUGUGAAGUCACUUUAAACAACAUGGUGAACUAGCAAGGGACAAUUGAUUCAACAUCCUCUGCUUUUGUAAUUCAAUUCAAGAGCGCCUUAUGGAUAAUUCAUCAGCGCUAGAGGAGGAAGCCCUUGCGAUUGUUUCCAUCUACGGCCCUUCAUCGUUUUACGCUCUUGCAGGAUCCGAACAGGCAACUGCAGCCACGCCACCUGUGUAUGCGCUCAAGGUCUCGCUUGAGGAGCCCGACUUUGACUACGAUCCUAUUAGCAAUAACAAUAAUAAUAAACAACAGGACAACCUGUCGCAUGUCAAUAUCGUAAGCAAGAGCAAAAAAGAGCUUGAGCUUCGCAUCUAUUUUCCAGAAGGGUACCCAGAUACCAACACCACGGCUCCUGUCCAUGAGAUUGUGAGUAUCUAUUAUGGCAGUUUGCGUCUGACACAGGCUAUGAUCCAGGAAAUUGAUCAAGGACUGGAGCAAUGCUUCGUCCAAGGAGAGGUUGUGAUUUUUUCAUGGAUUGAAUGGUUGCGAGCAUAUUUGGAGAGACUCGAAAUCUGUAUGGAGCAUGGUGGAGAAAGAAAUGAAAAAGAAAAGGAAAAGGACAAAGACGGAGCUUUGGGUGAAGUCGAAGAUCAAGUGAAUGGUGGUGACGAGGAGGCUGAUGGAAUCGAUGGUGAUGACAGCGGUGAUGAUAAUGAUGAAAAUGAUGUUGAUGACUCCCACACUUCAGAGGGUUUAAGAGCAGCCUCGGACUACUUUUCUAUGGAUGAAGCCUCAUCCUCACUCUCAUCCUUAUCUAUCCAUGACCAUCCUCACAGUCCACGAGUGCCAAUUAAGACGGCUGGUAGCGCUGUUGUCCCUACGUUUAACAUCCGAUCAGGUCCCCCGAUUAUCGACCGCAAGAGCGUCUUUGUUGCUCAUUUGGCACCAAUCACGCAGCCUAGUCAAGUCCCCUGGAUGAUUCAGCAGCUGAAGCAGGAAAACAAGAAAGUUAUCAAGGCCACACAUAACAUCAUGGCCUUUCGAGUUGAAAACGAAAAUGGAGCCAUUUCACAAGACAACGAUGAUGACGGUGAGACUGCUGCUGGAAGUCGGCUACUUCACCUCAUGUCGAUCCUGGAUGUCAAAAAUGUCGUUGUCGUUGUCUCUAGAUGGUAUGGCGGCAUUCCUUUGAGUGCAGAUCGAUUCAAGCAUAUAAACAAUGCAGCUCGACAACUACUGGAUGAGUGUGGUUACAUCAAGCCAACAGCCUCUUCUGCAGACGCCGCAUCCGCGAGCACCAAUAGUAAGAAUAAGAGCAAAGGCAGGAAAUCUGGGAGGAAAUAGUUCAGUAGAAAUUGCCCUACAAAAAACCUUCAUCUCCAAACAGGUUUUUGCUAUGAUACUACAUGAGCUACUUGGACAACCAAUUGAUUGUUUUGUUACCGUUGUUUUAGCUAUUUUUAUUCUGCAAUAAUAAUAAUAAUAAUAAUAAUAAUGAUGAUGAUGAU